GCUUCCCAGGCGUACCGUGAGAGUGUGGCUGGUGCCUUCGAUGGAUUUGUCCUUGUGGCGUAUGAUGUGGCUGAGGAUCAAAGUGAGUCUCUCCAGUCGCACAGAGGCCCAUUGACAUACCCUCGCGGUCCGACUUGUCCAUUCGUGCCAGCAACCACCAACUACGAUUCGGGCCAACCAAUCCUCGAUUGCAGCUUGAACACACCUAGGAUGCUUCCCACGAUCGUUCGGCGAGCGGCCGAAGCAGCCGGCUCCAAGUUCACAGUCUUCACCAAUCCUUACCGAACGAAAAAAGUCUGGCCUCCCAACUUCACGAACCUGUCCCCUCAGUCACAAUUGCGAUUCGAGAAGAAGUACAAGAGACGCCUGGCAUUGGUUUAUGCGCGGCCGAGAUGGAACAAGGCCGUUAAGCUUGCGCAGCUUGCCACUGUGAUUGGUUUCCUUGGCUGGACAUUUUUCUUCUCCGAGCUCGAGUUCUUUGGCAAGGAAUACAGGCCGUCUGAGGAGAUCCGAAAGCGUGUCCGCGGUCUCUUUGGCACAAUCGAGGCUGACAAGCGAUACGAACGUCGCAGAGAUGCGCCCGAAGCACCCGCUCCCAUCGAAACACCCAAAUAGACAAAUCCUCGGCCGAUAAAAGUGUACCAGCAUAGGGAGGAGUUUAUGGCGUUUUGAAUACCCGGCAU